AGUCUGUUUUGUGUCGGAGGUGAUAAAAGCUACAGAUACUAACUCACUGUGAGGCUGUGGAAGUUCAGCUGAUACACAACAACUUUAAACUGCUUUAAACUACUAGAUCGGAUAUUUAUUUCAACAUCAAAACACUUCUUUAUCCUGUUUACACAGAUAUGGAUGAAGACAGCCCUCCCUCUCUUGUUAAUGUGUGUUUACUGAGUGUGUGUCAAAGCCUUGACACCCUGUGCAGUGUGUGUGAUGACGGAUCACUGCGUCUUCGAUCCUGUCCGAUUUUUCCACCAGAACUGUCCGAUUUGUUACUGAGCACCAUGACAGAUGAAGGUUUGCUGAACGAAAAGACUCUUGGUAUUUUCCACAAUGUCGAGUGUUUUCGCCUGAAGCGUGCCUGCAUUCGUGGAACUCGUCUCACCGCAGCUUCCUUCCGCCGUUCUCUGUGUUCUCACUGCCUGCAGGAACUCGAUGCGUCCCAUGUUCUCGGUGACAUUACAGUCUCUGACAUCGUCCAGGGCCUCUCCUUAAAUCGGGUCUGCUGUCAGAGCCUGCACAGGCUGAGCGUGAGUGCUGUGGAUUGUCUCUUGGACGUUCCGGUAAGUUUCAGGAAGUUGCAGGGUCUCAGGAGUCUCUCUGUGGCAUGGACACCUCUGGACGACUCAACUUUGGAGGACAUCUGCUCACUCCCGCUGCUGGAGAGCCUGGAUAUUUCCGGGACAAACAUCACAGACCUCAUGCCGCUCUUGAAGCUCCGCUCGAGGCUGCGUUCACUUACUCUUCACGCACUGCACCACCUCACAAUGGCUGCCGAUGACUUUCUAGCUGUGAUCUCUGCGCUGGAGCUCCUCACACACCUCGAUGUCUCCAACGAUCUGAUCCAGACAAGGGGCGAGAUGAUCAGGAAGCUCCUGCAGAAGACACACAUCCUCCCAGCGCUCUUGGAUCUGGAUGUGUCAGGGUGGAAAGGGAUCAGCGAUGAGGCCUUGAAGACCUUCCUGGAAGGACACACAAGAAUGAGAUUCAUUGGUCUUCUGGCCACCGGGGCUGGAAGAUCUGACCUCCUGUCUGGAGAUGGAAAUCUGAAGGUGGCAGGAGACUGGAACCUUCUACAGCUGUGUGAGGCUCUGAGGAGAUACAGGGGGAGGGAGAGCUUCGUGCAGGAGGCGCUGCUCUGUCUCUACAAACUCCUCGGUGACGCAGACGUCGGCUGCCGCCCGGACGUGUUGGAGCUGGUGUAUUUGGGAAUGAAAGCCCACAGCAAGUGUGUGAGCGUGCAGGUGUCGGGGUCAGCGUGUGUGUUUAACCUCACCAUUCUGGAGCUGGCAGAGGGGAUGUCGCAAAGGCUGCUGGGAAAUGUGAUGAGACACAUAAUCACCACCAUGAGAACCUUUCCUGAUCAUAAACAGAUCCAGAAGAACUGCCUACUGAGUCUGUGCAGUAAUUAUAUCCUGGAUGUCAUCCCCUUUAACAGGUGUGAAGCAGCUAAACAGGUGAUGAUGUGUUUUAUUUCUAAUGAAGACGAAACUCUACAGUCGCUCUGUGCGUCCGUCAUCGUCGUACUGAUGUCAAAGUUGAGUCAGGAAGAAAUUGUCGAGCUGGGAACUGAAAAGAUCAUCAUGAAGCGCUUGUUACAUUUGGUGCAACAAAGGGCAUCAAUGGGACUGUUGGACAAUAUACUUGAAGGCACUCUGACUGCUCUGUGGGGUCUCACAGAUGAUGCAAACACCGCCUGCACACACUUCCUGCAGUGUGAGGGUCUGGAGUUGUACAAAGAACUCAUGGAGGUAUACACACACACACACACGAAAUACAAAAUACACACAAUUUUUGAAGUGUCGUGUGUGUGCGUGUGCGUGUGUGUGUGUGUUUGUGUACAGACAUAUUACUCCAAUCCCAGGGUACUGAAGAUUGUUCUCGGCCUCCUCACUAACGUGUCCGAGAUGGAGGACCUCCACGCUCAGCUGAUGGAUGAGGAACUCCUGCAGCUUCUUCUCGUUCUGAUGGAAAAGAAAGAGGUGGAGGUGAGUUAUUUAGCUGGCGGUUUCCUUGCCAACAUCACAUCCAGCGGUGUGUGGAGUCUGGACUCGGCUCUGCAACAUGAAAUUCUUACUAAACUGCACUCUGCUGUGAUGUCAUGGACUCCUCCAGAGCAUUCUAUUAUCUCAUACCGGUCACUGCGUCCACUCUAUCUUCUCAUGGGAGUGUCUCAGCCGUCUGCAGUGCAGCUCUGGGCUCUCUGGGGCAUCAGACAUAUCUGCACACACAAAGUGUCUCACUACAGGAGGAUGCUGGAGGAGGAGGGCGGCUUGGACGUACUCCGCACACUGACCUCUGACCCCAAUACACACAGCGAUGUACACUCAUUUGCCACAGACACACUCCACCUGGUGGAGGGACAAAGUUUGACACACACCUCAACUUGAAUUUGUAUGCAGAAGAAUUUGGUGCAGAAGAUCUAAUAAUGACAUCGUAUAAGUUAUUGACUGAAACACACAUUAAACUCAUAUCUGCUUUAGUUCUGUAAGAGACAGUUAAAAAAGACAGAUUUGAACUUUUAU